AUGGCCGACGUGGACGGACAUGACGCGACGCGCGCCGCCGCCAGCGACCAGCACGACGACGCGGCGGAGCAGCGCCAGGUGAGCGUGGGCCGCCUGCGCACGGGGCUGCGGCAGCUGCUGGCCGCGGCGCGCAGCAGUACCGACAACAACCUACAGCACCACCCUGCUCUCCAGGCACUGGAACCUACAGUUGAAGAGCACGCCGUCGUUACGCAGUUGCAGGCGCUGGCCGCGUGCCUCGUGCACCGCGAGCUGCGCGUGCUGGUCGUCAAGCACCUGCGACCGUUCCUGCUGGACCUGAUGGUGCGCCUGACCGACCCGGCGCUCGCGCUGUACGAGCAAGAACAGGAGCAGUACCGCGAGUGCGCGGACAGCAUGAAGAGGAGCGAGCUGCUGGCGGCCACGCUCGCCGAGCUGCUCACGUACCUGCCGGCCACCAGCACCUUGGCGCAGCAAUACUUCGAGACGGCGCCGUGCUUCUUCACGUUCGCGGACGUGGUGGCUGCGCAGAAGCAGCAGAGCGACGAGACCCUCGCGCGGCUGCGACGUAUCGCCAAGACGGCAUUUCUGCUGCUGCGGGCGAGGCCCACGGAGCUCACGACGCUCUGGAACUGGACUCCCUUCUUCCCGCUGGGCUUCCACGACGACGCGCGCGUGCGCUGGUACGCGGCACGCGCCACGGCCUUGGUGCUCAGAAUGGGCAACGCUCAGCGGAACGACUUCUUGAAGGGACUGGGCGUCGGCGAGGAUGCGGCCUUGAGUGGAGACAGCCCGGCAGUGCGGCAGAUUGAACUGGAUCUGCACAGCGAGGACGCGACGCGACAGGAACAGCUCAUUGAACUGAGCGUACACCAGGAACAGGACGACAGCGACGUUGCAGAGUCGCAGCCUGUGCCCUUCCAUGACUCGCUGCAGAACAUUUUCGGCGUGGUCAUCCCGACGAGUAAGCUGCAUCAGCAACGACAGGUCUCUUCAGAUGCAGCGGUGGCCACAGAGCCGUUGGUACCGACUCCAUCGACCAAGCGGAACUUGCAGUCGCUUGCGAUUGCUCUUGGUCUCAAGCGGCCGAUUUUGGUGGCCGGACCCGGGGGAUGCGGCAAGACCGCUACGAUUCGUGAACUUGCACGGCUAUCGGGCAACGGUGACAUGGUUGAGCUGCACUUGGACGACCAAAUUGACAGCAAGACGCUCCUAGGAUCGUACGUCUGCACUGACGUCCCCGGCGAGUUCACGUGGCAACCUGGUGCACUCACGACAGCCGUACUUGCUGGCCGGUGGGUGGUUAUUGAGGAUAUCGAUCGCGCACCGUUCGAGGUCCUGGCGGCGCUCAUGCCGUUGCUCGAGACUCGCGAAAUGGUGCUUCCUGGUCGUGGCGAACUGCUGGUGGCGCACUCGAACUUCCAGAUCUUUGGUACGACUACGCACGGACACCAGAUGCCGAAGGGAUUCCAGGAGUCCGUCUGGACAAGCGUCGGUGUUGCGCCACUAGCAGACAGCGAAAUCGAGCAGAUCAUGCUGACUCGGUUUGUGAAGAUUCCCCGACAGGUUGUGUCCAAGAUCAUGACAACGUACAACGCAGUCUCCGGCAAUGCAAGCGAAGAGGUCGGUGGACCUGUGCAGCUGUGGAAGGAGACACGUCGUAAUUAUGGGCGAGAUUUCUGUCUGCGCGAUCUGUUGAAGUGGUGCAAACGCAUCUACCGCUUCUGCUACUAUGCUGCGGGCACGUCUCAAGAGAACGCAUCCUCCAGCCACGAUUACAUUACUGAGGACGAACGUAUGCGUAUCGUUGUGGAAGCGCUAGAUGUUUUUUGCGCUGGAAUUCGCGACCCGAAGACGCGCUUACAUUCUGCUUGCGCGCUGGCUGCGAUUUGGGAAGUACAGGCGGAAAAGAUCGAGUAUUACCUCGAGCAGCACAAACCUCACGUUGCAUUCAGCACUCACGAAGUGGAGUUUGGUCGGGUGCAUCUGCCAACCUUGUCACAGCAGGCCCAGCUUGAGCAAGGCGAUAAACCCGCUACCAGCUCCGUUGUGAUGACUGGCCACGUUCUUCGGCUGCUGGAGAAGAUGGCAGCAAUUGUUGCAACCUGUGAGCCAGCUUUGCUCAUCGGUGAGACCGGUUGUGGUAAAACUACGAUUAUCCAGCACAUGGCAGCGGCUAUGGGACAGCGCUUGGUUGUUCAGAACCUGAAUAUCCAGAGCGAUAGCUCUGAUCUUGUGGGCGGAUUCAAACCUGUGGAGAUUCAUCUACUCGCUCGGCCGUUGUACAUGGAUUUCGUGGAUCUGUUCACUGCUACAUUUUCGCAGAAGAGUAACGCUGGAUUUCUUAACGUUGUUCGAAUUGCGCUGGAGCACAAGGACUGGAGGAAGCUCGUUAAGGGCAUGCGAAAAGCGAUCCAGAUGGCUACCUCUAAGCUCCAGAGCAGCAGCGGCGGAACUGGUCGCAAUGAAGAAGACUCGGAGGCUGCUGUCAGCAACAAGAUGGCUACUCCUGGUGCUUCUACAAGUGUGUUGGUGAGCCGAUGGGACACCUUCGAGGCGGAGCUGAUUCGGUUUGAGCGCCAAAAAGAACAGGCUGAAUCACACUUUGCCUUUUCAUUCGUGGAGGGUGUGCUAGUGAAAGCAUUGCGUGAGGGACAUUGGGUACUGCUUGACGAAAUCAACCUUGCUUCAUCCGAUACGCUGGAGCGAAUUAGUACCCUUCUGGAACAUGAAACAAGUGCAUUCUCGCUCACGGAGCGUGGUGAUGUCGAAGUAAUCCGGCCACACCCGAACUUCAGACUGUUUGGUGCUAUGAAUCCCUCGACGGACGUUGGCAAGAAAGAUUUGCCUCCGUCUCUCCGCAACCGCUUUACGGAGAUUUACGUUGACGAAUGCGUCAAUCCUUCGGACUUGCAGAUGGUCGUUCACCACCAGUUCAAGGAAAUUGCGGGCGCUCUGGUGCCAGAAACGGUGGAGUUUUACCUGGAGGCGAGGAAGCAAGCAGAGUUGCGGUUGAGUGAUGGUGCGCGCCACAAGCCCCGCUACUCUCUCCGUACACUCAGCCAGGCACUGCACAUUACGCGCAUCUUGAUUCAACGAGGCUACGGUACGUCUCGAGCAAUGUUUGAAGGCUUUUGCUCAAGCUUCUGCACACAGCUCGAGAUGGAGUCGCGUCAGUAUCUUGAAAAGCUCAUCAAGAACACGUUUGCGAAAACGAUUAGGGCCAAGGAGCUCAAGCGCUCUCCUCCGUGCCCUGGUGGUUCCAAACAGACAAGCGAAUUUGUCUUAGUGAGCUCCUACUGGGUUCGAAAGGGUGACUUUCAGCCGCCUCGAGACGACUCGUUGCCGGACCCAGUGACUUCUCGACGGAAGUUUGUGCUUACGAAGUCCGUGGAGGAGAACUUGCGCCAUGUUUCUCGAGCAGCUUUGAUCGGCAAGUACCCUGUGCUGUUGCAGGGUCCAACGUCGGCUGGUAAAACGUCAUUGAUUGGUUAUCUGGCUGCGCGUAUCGGACAGAAAUGUGUGCGCAUUAACAACCACGAGCACACAGACAUUCAGGAGUAUAUGGGGAGUUACGUGUCCGACUCGAACGGCAAGUUGGCGUUCAAGGAGGGUGUUUUGGUGGAGGCUGUGCGAAAGGGUUGGUGGAUCAUUCUGGAUGAGCUGAACUUGGCUCCUUCAGAGGUUCUCGAGGCUCUGAAUCGACUUCUGGAUGACAACCGCGAGCUGUUCUUGCCAGAGACACAAGAGACUGUUAAACCGCACCCGAAGUUCAUGUUGUUCGCGACUCAGAAUCCACCUGGUUUGUAUGGUGGUCGUAAGGUUUUGUCCCGCGCGUUCCGUAAUCGAUUCUUGGAGAUUCAAGUGGACGAGGUUGCGUCUAGUGAGCUUCAAACUAUUCUGCAGGAGCGAAGCUCGCUGCCUCCCUCUUACUGUGGAAUUCUAAUUGAUAUCAUGCGCCAACUGCAGCUUGUCCGGCAGCAAUCGUCCGUUUUCGCUGGCAAGUCAGGCUUCAUCACUACACGUGACUUGCUUCGAUGGGCUGAACGUCGGCCGGCAACGAAGCAAGCCUUAGCCGAAGAAGGAUACUGUUUGCUUGCCGAGCGGCUGCGGAAGGAUGAGGAGAAACAAGUGGUCAAACAAGUUUUGGAGAAAAAAUGCAAUGUAAAGAUUGAUCUUGAUGCCCUGUAUUACAGCGGCAAACCUCGUGAAUCGAACCUGUUGAAUGAGAACGGUGAGAUUGAGCAGGAGACCGUGUGGGGUACGAAGGAGCAGUUCGAGCGUGUCCAAGCCAUGGUGGAACAAGCGAUUGAGGAAGCUGCAACCGGCAAAACGUCUAGUGGUGAGCCUAAAUCGGCAGGUAAUGCUGCAGGUCUAGAAAAGAUCAGUGUGACGAAGUCACUACGGAGACUGUUUGCGCUUGUCGGUCGCUGUUUGCAGAACGAGGAGCCUGUCUUGCUUGUUGGAGAAACUGGUUGCGGAAAAACCACUGUUUGCCAGUUGUACUCGCUUCUUUUCUCUCAACCGCUUCACAUUCUGAACUGUCAUCAGCACACCGAGACCUCGGAUUUCCUGGGCUGCUUACGGCCUGUGCGUGGAAAGGAGAAAACUGCGCACGAAUUGGAAGAGGCACUCAUUGACUUUCUGGCUGUGGCUGACGGUUGUAUCGAUGAGCAAGAAGUUGAGAAGCGCCGGGCUGACGUCAAAUCGGAGGGUGUAGCCGCGAUGCUGGUCAAAUACGAGAGCGCCAGAUCUAGCGUCUUGGACAGCGACUUUGCACAACAGAAGGAGCUUGUUGAACGCAUCGAUGUCUUGAAGCGGCGGUUCCAGUCCAUCUUCGAGUGGGCAGAUGGUCCUCUAGUGGAGUCCAUGAAGAACGGCGACCUGAUCUUGAUCGAUGAAGUCAACCUUGCAGAGGAUGCCGUGCUGGAACGCCUGAACAGUGUUUUGGAGCCUUCACGCACGCUGCUACUCGCCGAAAAGGGUGGUGACCAAGUGGAAGAAAUUGUAGCCCACUCGAAGUGGCGAGUGAUGGCGACAAUGAAUCCUGGAGGUGAUUUCGGUAAGCGCGAAUUGUCUCCUGCGCUGCGCAACCGUUUCACAGAAAUCUGGGUGCCGGCGAUCUCCGAUUUGGAUGAUAUCGCUACGAUUAUUUGUGAUCGUCUGGUGGGACCCCGGGGAAUUGCGGCGCCACCUCGUGCUCUGCCAGCUGCAUCUGCUGGCCUGUCCACGCUGUGCGAUCCCAUUCUAAGCUUUGUGAAAACCUUCAACGAGGCGAAUGGUGGUGUUGGAGGGUGCGGGGCCGUGACGUUACGUGACAUUCUCAGCUGGAUCAACUUUAUCACGUCUGUGGUGAAGAAGCAGAAUGAUAAUUCGUCGGUCACGGUGACUGCUUGGACGGCAUUUGUUCAAGGUGCAGCACUCUCGAUUCUGGACGGUCUUGGUCUGGGUUCUGAUAAGGCACUGCACACUGCUUUGAAGGCUCGAGAGGAGGCCUACCGCUAUUUGUUGGCGCUCGUGCCUGAUGAUGACCAGAUUGUCAAGCAAAAGGUGAUUGACUCGCUGAAUGUUACAUCGCUAUCUGUGGACAACAACAUCGAUGAGUUGAAUUCGUUUUCCUCGGAAAAGGCCACGGAGGGGAGCUUCGGAAUUUCGCCGUUCCUGAUCCCGCGCGGCCCUGAUCCUGUGCUGAGGAAACCUGCUUUCUCGCUGAAGGCACCCACAACGAUGUCAAAUCUGUAUCGCGUUCUGCGCGCGAUGCAGGUUAGUCGCCCCAUCAUUUUGGAAGGGUCCCCGGGUGUGGGCAAGACCAGUUUGAUCAGUGCUUUGGCGGCAGCAUCAGGCCAUCGUCUUGUGCGAAUCAAUUUGUCAGAACAAACAGACAUCUCCGAUCUCUUUGGAUCAGACCUGCCUGCCGCAUCUUCGCCUACGGACGAGACGGAUGACAACAGCAGCAAGCCAUCCCAAGGCGGAGGCUCCAGUGGCAUGUUCGAGUGGUGUGAUGGCGUCUUCUUGCGUGCUCUGAAAGCGGGAGACUGGGUGCUGCUCGAUGAACUCAACCUCGCGUCACAGUCUGUUCUGGAAGGUUUGAACUCGUGUCUGGAUCACAGAGGAAGUGUCUACAUUCCGGAGCUCGACCGAGAGUUUGAGUGUCCGCCAACUUUCCGUGUCUUUGCCGCUCAAAACCCGCUUCGUCAGGGUGGUGGCCGUAAGGGACUGCCGAAGUCGUUUUUGAACCGAUUUACCCGAGUCUUUGUGGAGACACUGCACGAACAGGAUCUGAUCCACAUCGCGAGCUCAAUGUAUCCCACACUACACUGUGCUGUCACGGAAACGAGCAUGAGCGAUUCGGCUCUGGUGGGUCAGACCCUGCUCGAGCGAAUGAUCGGUUUCAACAGGGCGGUGCAUGAAGACACAAUGGUGAACUGCAGAUACGCUCGCCUCGGUGCGCCAUGGGAGUUUAACUUGCGCGACGUGUUCCGUUUCUGUGACCUGCUCAAGCAACAGGCGCAGCUAGUAAGCAAUGCGGAGCACCAGCUGCAAGCGCUGAGCUACUACGUGAAUUUUAUCUACGUGGAAAGGAUGCGCUCUGCUCGGGACCGCGAGCUAAUUUCUCGACGAUUUGAAGAGUUCUUCGGUGUGAAACCAAUGGAUCUUAGUGCUGUCUCCCUUCGCAUGUCGGCCGGUUUUGUGGAGAUCGGCAACGCGCUGCUCAAGAGGCGAGAAGACAUGCAAAUCGGUCGCGUUGCCCCUCCUGUGUUUAACUUCCUCCUGAAACCAAUGGAGGCGCUGGUGCACUGUGUGAACAUGUCGUGGCCUGCACUUCUUGUUGGACCGCCGGCUAGCGGAAAGACAUCUUCUGUCCGUUUGUUGGCGGCAUUGAGUGGUAAUACUCUGCAUGAACUGGGUAUGAGUGCUGGAACGGAUGCCACAGAGCUGCUCGGCUGCUUCGAGCAGGUGGAUGUUGGGCGUAAGCUCCGUGACAUCAAGAAGAAGAUUCAAGUUGUGUACGAGAAGGUGUUGCAGCAAAUGAUGCUCUUUUCGGCUUCGACUGGAGUUUCACAAAAGAAGAAAGCGGCGACUCUGAAAAAGGCAAACCGCCUUAGCAGCACGUGGUGGGCGCUUAUCACGCGCGAAAAAUGCUACAGCGAGAACGCUUCCCCGCGCUCUCGUGACAGCAGUGGGAAGGCGCGCAAGUCGAAAAAGUUGCCAAAGGGUCACCUGGACGAUGUGGUUGUUGAUUUGAUGAAGGACAUCGUGGCCAUGCUCCAAAAAACGGAAGCUGACAGUGAGGAGAUGCAGACGAAACUUGCUGGCUUGCUGAACGAUAUUGACAGCGUAGUGCAACUUAGCAAAUCGAAGUCGAUUGCGAGCUGCUUUGAGUGGGUUGAUGGCACUUUGAUCCAAGCAAUGGGGAAGGGUGAAUGGGUGCUAUUGGACAAUGUCAAUUUUUGCAGCUCGUCGGUUUUGGAUCGAUUGAACUCCCUCAUGGAGACUGGUGGUGAAAUGCUGAUCAACGAGUGCGGUAUCAUUAACGGCAAACUUCGUGUGAUCAAGCCGCACAAGAACUUCCGAAUGUUUUUGGCGAUGGAUGCGCAGUACGGUGAGGUUUCUCGUGCAAUGAGAAACCGCUGCGUGGAAAUUGCGCUUGCAGAGGAAGACUCGCCGCGUCUAGAUCUCAUUAAAAUUCCGCUGGCCUGUGGAAUUCCCGGUUUCGCCCUUUCUCAAGCUUUCCAAGCUGCUCAUGAGCGUGUGGUAACGAAACUUGGAGAGUUUAUGGUCGGCGCGAAGUACGGUCGUAUUAAUCGUCGACACUUGGAAAAUUGGUCUUUGCUGGCGUCAGCGGAGCUCUCACGUGGAAUGUCACCUCUUAAUGCCAUCGCCGAGUCUUUUCAACGUGUGUAUGGGAACGGGCUGUUGGCACAGCUUGGCUUGAGCCAAGAGGUACUAGAACUUUUCCUGCGCGCUUUCCAAACUUCGCACGAGAACUCCCAGAGGCAGCGUGUGCUUCCGAUGAUUGCUUGUCCUUCAACGGUUGUGCUGUGUCAGCAGAGCGAAAACUUCGAGCUACAGCGAGAUGUUGCAUAUCUUGAGCACCUCAUUGUAUCCUCACAAAAACCGGGUGACGAUAACGCUAUGGACUUGCAGUUGAGCUGGCUUUCCCCAGAGAUUCAUGUUUCUUCGGGCGAAAAUGCCGCGGUUACUGACGGUGACUCCAACCCAGACGCGUGGCUAAAGUGUGUUGCUUCACGGUGUAAGCGAGGAGAGACUGUGUAUUCUCAAAGAGCUCUUGAAGAAGCACGGAACCACCUGUCGUCAAAGUCGUUCUUCGGGCAUGAUGGCGACAACAACACUCUGGCUGUGACAUUAGCUCCUUUCGCGCUUCGUCACAUCGUGGCAGUGGCGAGUACCUGCAACCAUGGCGAUGGACCAUUGGCUGCGGAUCGCCUUCACUUCGCAUUAGAGAAGAUUACCCGUGGAGCUAGUGGAAAUGCGGAUACGUUGCGUUCAGUUGAGUUGCUGGCGCGCUUCCUUCAGUCGGUGACGAAAACCGAGUUGUACACUGAUAUUUCUCGGAAAAUUGAGGAAGUGGCUGGACAUCUGACCGCCUUGCUUGGCGAUUCGGCUGCCGUGCCUCCUGUGCCUGUGUACCUUGCUGCCAACCACGCAAUUUCGCUGCGAUUGCAGUCACUCAUUGCGGAGCGUGCCUUGACUGCCCCCUCUGUGAAGACUGAACUGGACAGCGUGUGGGAAUCUAUGAUGGUCGCCCAGCGACAACUCGAGCUUCUUGACGGGGUGGAGUGGCUGAAAUUCUGCGAGCAAGAACAGUACCUGCAAGUUGACACCCUGUUUGCAGCUGCAUCGUCGAAGACAAACAAACGCAAAACGAAUAAGGGCCGUCAAGAGAUCAAUCUGAACAAGUUAUCAGUGCUGCAGCAGUCCUACGCCGUGCACAAGUACCACGCUGACCGUUCUGACGUGGAGAACGAGCUGAUUUUCUUGGUUCACCCGCUUUUGUCUGCGUUUAACACCUUCCUUGGAGCGUUUGUCCAAGACUUUCCCAACUUGGUGAUGGAUUCGGAGUUUGCCGAGACGUUCCAAGCUGUCCUCCGAGACCGCUUCGAGUUUUCGAUUCAACUGCGAGUGCAGGUGUUCGAGUGGACCCACUUUCUGAUACACUGGCAAUGGCUAAAGAAGUCGCUUUUGCGACUUGCGAAACUGAUCGAGGAGCAGCCUGCGCUCUCUGCGCCGUGGAAGUCAUCUUGGAGCGACCUGCUGGAUAUGUCCCAGCGAAUGCAGGAGACAAUUGAGAAGCUUAUCGGUUGUGGAUCGAGGAAGAAUGUGCUUUGGAAGAAGGGCGGUCACUCCUUACUUCCAAGUAAUGCUGACCUUUGGAAGGCUGAAUACCUACUUAACCGGUUGGCCACGACGUUCAUGCAAGUCAACUCGAGCUCCUUCUCGGCAGUGUCUGUUGGUGCAUCUGAAGGAUCUACCGACGGCAGGGUCGACGUCUUGGCGUUGUUGUUUGGAGGAGUUGCCUCAAUGGAAGCCGCGAUGAAGAGUGGCAAGCUGGACGUAUCUUCGCUAUUUUAUGUGGAUGUUGAAGCCCGCAAGGAAGUUUUGCAUGCGCUUUGUGCAUUCUCGUACUUGGCUCAGGAGCAAACACGCGGAAAGAGCGGAAGCGAACGUUCGAAACGUCAGCCGCAUGCUCUUAUGGCUGAAGAAUUGUUCAAGCUUCCGGGUGUUCUUUUGAUGAAGCUCCGCGAGAAACAAGCGGACAUUACGGCACUCAUCUCAAAGAAGACGCUCUACUUGAGUGAGAUCGAAGACAACGCUGACAGCCAUGUGGAUCUGCUAAGCGAAGAAGACAGCCGCAUUGGCAAGGAUGCGCCCAUUCUGUUGUUUGAUAUGAAGGAGAGUGCGCUGCUGAUGGAUCGCAUGGUGACGUUCCAGCUGAGCCCGCUGUUGGAGCAUGCUCUCGCACGCCAGGAGCUCCAGGCAAUUACGGAGCUGAUGCGCGUUCUCAACAAGUAUCGCCUUUUCAAGAGUGAUUUGUCUCAAGACAGAUAUGCGGUGGUUGUCAAGGCUAUUUCGAAGGUACUGACAUUGCUUGAAGGAAUUAUCGAGGAGCUUUUGCGCCUGGGGCUCCGCGAUCCUGCUUGCUUCUACGCUUACCAAGACAUUGUGUGGUGCGGACACAAGUUUGUUUCUCUGGACGCUAUGAGCGAGGAACAACCAGAUCAGGCGGUUGUCGAGCUGGACAAGUUCACUGCUGUGGUUCAGUCCCACCUGAAUGGUGUGCUCUUUGGAUUCCACCAGUUCUUGCGUUGCAACAGCUUUAACCAGGUUGAUCUAAUUUCCUUGGAGGUGUUUGACACCCGAAAGAAGCUUCGCAAGGCGAACAAGCGACUUCCUGCUGUGAGCACUGAUGUUGCCGACCACGCCCAGGUGAUUGCUGGUUACCCACGCCUGUUCCAGGCCGUUCAGAGUGCAGUCGUUCUGAAGAGUAUUGCUGAGGUGGACCUGGAAGAAUCCAUGUGCCCCACAAGUGAGGCUCAGAUGCGAGCUGCGCGAUUGGAGAAGAUUAAGAAUCACUUCUCCACGGAACAGACGGAAGCAGGAAAAACGAUGCCGAACACAAGCUUCUCGUUCGUUCGGGAGUUGUUUGUAGCAACUGUUCUGGCUUUUGAGUCGACUUUCCAAAACAACUCGGCUGCGCAGUGGAAGGAGAUUCAGUCUCUACUUCAUCAGUUUGCUGACACUCCGCUCACGUUCGAUACGAAGGCUCAAGCGACACUGUUGAAGGCGUUGCGAAGCUCUACGGACAGCACAUUCGUGUCGCUUGUGGAUCCGCUUGUUGCGCCAUUGCUGACGACCGUGGCGAGGGAGGCACAACUUACGCAAGAUGACCGGAAUAUCGUUGCGAGAGCUAUUGGAGAGAGUAUGGUGACACUUGGGCUGUGGAGAUUCGCAUUACUUCUUCCGUCUUCACCGGUGGACCCUGUUACGAAGCCGCUGGUAAAGAAGGAGAAUCUGCUAAACCGUUUGGCGAUGCUCACGAUGCAUGACGCAGCAAGCUCGUCUAUUAACCGUCUCAACCCUUCACCGUCGGCAUCAGCCGAAGACGUAGAGAAUGCUAGUCGUUCUAUGCGCGAGUUGUACAGUCAAGUCAUGGAAGUGUCAGCUUUCGCAAUUCAGCGAUAUCAACCGAACAAACUGCACAGAGAUGGUGGUGUAAUCGAAACGGUUGAGCUGGAGAUGAAGCCUGUCCCUACCUCUGUGUUUGGGGAACUUUUCCGCGAUCUACUGCGCUUUAAUGCUACGGUGAUGCCGGCUGAAAAGCUGGCGGCUCUGCUAUCGACAGUUCGAUCGUCCAAGUUAUCGCAGCAGCGAAAACGCGAGCUUUUGCGUGAGCUGGAAAUGUUCCAGCAGACGUCGGAAAGCUUCCUCGCUCAACUGUCCAAGAAGUUCGGGGAAUGCUUCAAGGAUAUUUUGGAGCCCGUUGCUGCGGCAAUUUACUGCGUGAAGGAGGGAGUUGCACUCGUGACUUGGUCGCUCUACCAACAACUGAAGGAGGCUUCGCUGAAGGAGAAACAAAAGGAGACCUUGGCUCUCUCGCUCGUGCAGUUCCCGUCUGCUUUGAAUGUGAACACUGUGGAUCAAUCGUGGCGCGGAAUUCAGUUAAUGUUGCAGACUGUGGGUACAUUAGGGACUUCAAUUAUGUUUGGCGGUGGUGUGGCGAACAAACGCAAGGUCGAGGUGGCGUUGCUUGACGUGGCACUUGCGAAGAUGGAGUUCCUCUUCCGUGAAACUGUGAUGACUUCACGCACAAACCGUAAUGUGGACUCUCAGGCAGUUGACACUGCUCUCAGCAGCAGCAAAACGUUGUUUGAUUUAUUCUUGACCAAGUGGCAAGAGCAGAAGGAGCGGGAAGAGCAGAAGCGAAAGGAGGAGGAAGAACUCUUCAAAUACAAGGUCCGUCAGCUGGACCUGGAGACAGAAGAGGAGCUGUUGGAGAAAGAGUACCGUGAACAGUUCCCAGACUACAGCGGCCGUGAUUUCCAAGCGUUUUUGAGCCCCGAACAGGCUGCUGCUGCGAACACCAAUGCAGAUGCGCUUCCAAAUGCGGCAGACAUGGACGUGCUUAUCACGGACAAAAUCAUGCAGCGGCUGUGUGAAACCCACGUCAAGCUGUACGCUGAGACUUCAAACUCCAAGAUUGCAAUUACCAAGGAUGAGAUCGUAAGCACCUUCGCUAGAGCGUUCUCUCUCGCUGUGAAGUUGCGCAAGUCGUUGAAUGCUACGGCAUCGACUUCGAUCGAGAGCGCUGUGGCGUCGUCCGGCGUCCUUGCCGCUUCUUUGGUCCAAGCCCGCCUGGGUAGCAACGUCGGUACCAAAAAGGGAGCAGUGCCAUCGUUCAAUUCUUUGAGCAGUGACUACAUCCGCGGCAUUGACUUCCACCGUGACCCGCUGGUAAAGGAAGUUGUGCUUGUUGCGGAGCCCUUGCAGCGCCUGAUGGUGAAGGUCCAGUCACUUUUGGCUCAGUGGCCUGAUCAUGCGAUCCUGCAGCAGAUUGUACUCAUCGCUGACCGUAUCCGCAACUUUGAAAUCAGCUCUCCGCUGGUCCGCACGCUUACGGGUGUUGAACUGCUGCUGCGUAAGGCUCAGGAGUGGGAAAUGUAUGCGGCAAAGGCGUACUCAAUUAGCGAGGAGCUUGGCGCUCUCUCGGCGUUGGUGACGCGUUGGCGAAAGCUUGAGCUAUACUCUUGGCCUCACCUGCUCUACGUGAAGGAAAAGCAGCAUCGUUUUGCGGCACAGAAGACGUGGAUCAACAUGUACUCGCUGCUGACGGCGCAGUUUGAAUCAGACUCGGGCAUGAGUGAUGAAGGUGCUAUGAUCCCCGCGAACCCGCAGAACUUGCAGUGGCUCCACCUGAAUCAUCUGUCCAAGUGGCUUUUCACGCCGUUAUGCGAGAACAGGGCCGACGCUCAAGCCCUCAGCGAUGCGGCCAGAGAGACUGUCGAGAAGCAGCGUGAGUUUAUGAGCAGGUUGUUCGAGACUCUGGACGCUUACAUCCGUUCGUGCCCGAUCGGCCAGUACGAGACUCGCUUGCUUGUGGUUUACUCGUUCUGUGCGCAGUUGUUCAUGGAGCUUUGGAGCCCUUCAGAGCAUCACGAAUCAUCGAACGGCUUUGCCUCGAAGUCUUCCAAGUAUGCUCUGGCCAACAUGCUGUACCACUUGUACCGGUACUAUGGCCAACACCUGGGAUAUCUGGAGCGCCAGUGGAGCGGCAUGAAGGCUCCAAUCCAGCGCAAGCUUGUUGAAUUCGUCAAGAUUUGCCGCUGGGACGAACAAACGUACUAUUCGCUCGCUGAGUCGGCAGAGAAAUCGCACCGCAAGCUGAUGAAGUUUGUCCGCGAUUACGAUGCAGUGCUGACAGUCUCGAUGCAAACUGUGAUCGACGCUUCGACUGAUAGCGGAAUUACCAAGGAAGGUGGAUUUGUCGGAAUUCAAUCCACCAAGGCGGAACUGGCUGGUCUUGACGAUGGUGUUGUCGUGCCAAAGGACGUUGAGCACAACGAAGAUGAGGACGCGAUCACCGCAUCUGCCGAAGGAGAAGCCAGCGAAAAGGCCGACAAAAAGACGAAGCUGCUUAAUGAGGAGGACUCGCAGGAUGCUGGAAAACCGCCAGCGUUGCGCUUGAAUCACACAAGCGCGCCAUUGAUCGAGUACGAAGAUGAUGCCACGCUUCAACUCUCAUCGUAUGCCGCGAAGCUUCCUACGCUCUCAAAGCGCAUUGCGAAGUACACUCAAAAGCACAUUUUGUCGCUUGAACAAAUUGAGCGCCGCCAGCAAGUGCGUGACCUGUGUGAGGAUCUUUGCGAGACAAUCUUCUACCGGAUGGCUAAGCUUCAGAAGGCCACGGGUCUACCGAAGGGUGCGAAGAAGAAGGCACUGAUUGAUCUGCUUAGCGAGCUGAAGACCCAGGGCAUGGCGUACCACCGACUUCAACUGCCUGCUGAGCAACAACAAAUUCAGCAACUGUUCGAGUUGGAUGUGCCUGACGUGGAGAACUGCAUUCAUGUGGAUGAACUGGAGGCAGCUGUUGAUUCCGAGAGUUUGAGUGCUUCAACCAGUGCCAGAGGCCCGGAGGACAAGAAGAAGCGUGGAAAGAAGAAGGGCAAACAGCCCGGAGGUGCCCAUCAGUCUAAGCCCGCUGAAGAGACCUUGGCGAAGAACACGCCGAUGUGGCUGUGGCAGCGUGCGGACGGUUAUUACUACCGAUUCCUUGGCCAGUUGGGUUCAUUGCGGUACAGUGCGGUGACGAGCUUCUCGCAUGACCUGUCGUCGAGCGAAACCGAGCGUAUGAGCGGUUAUGCCGAAAACAUGCUGUUCACAAUGCUGCAGCAGCGACAGAUUCUUCACGCCACGUCGCUGAGUCACGAAAAGCUUGUUGAUGGACUAGCCACGCUUAAGUUGUUGAAGCAGUUCAAGACGAACUACCUUUCGUCUAACAGCGACGCCGAGGCUGCGAUCGACCCCCGAGCGGCGAGUGAGUGGCAGGCAUUCCAGCAAACAUCCGUCGUUUCAUUGCGACAGACCCUGCGUGAGCUUGAGAUCUCAGUGGUGCAGAUUUUGCAGCAAUCGUCGGAGAAUGUGUCGGUGGUUCUGGAUGUUCGCCAGCUAUUCCAGCGCAUUUUCGAACUUUGUGAUGCCAUUCAAAACUCUUUCGCUGAUUGUGCUGGGUUGACGAAGUCGCUUGGUGUGCCGGCGAUUCCUCACCGUGCUGUGAACGCUAGCGAGGACGCGGGUGGCGACGCUGCUAUUGUGGCGUUUGCGCGACCUUCCAAGCGUGUGUACGGUGUGUCUCCGGUUGUGGCGAAAUCAUCAGAAGCCCUUGAGACACAGAAGCUGCCUGUAGCAGUUGAAGUGCUCAAGUCGAACGCUGCUCGGUUCAGCGAGAUCCAGACUCUUCUGUCGAAUACUUCCGUAGCAUUUGGUACAGUGACGUCCCCGAGUUGUUUCGAAGCCUUCCUUGUCGAGUAUGCUGGCAUUGUUCGUGAUGACCGCAAGUUUGCUAAGACCUUGGCUAAGUCGAGCUCGCUCCAGUCGGUUGAUGAAAAGACAUUCGAGCCCGAGAGUGCGCAGGCGAUGGCUACGUUUAGCGAGCACUAUGACAAGUUGGUUGAGACUGUAUUGGUGUCGAUUCAGGAUCUGACAAAAAUCUCGAAGGAUGCUCAGGAAGCAGCCAAGUCGAGUGAGGAGGAUGAAGAGGAGCAGUCACUGCGUGAUCAGCUUGCUACACUUUCCACUAUGGUGAAGGACUCGCGUGUGAACCACAUCGCUUCACAGUUGGCUAAGCUACUGGAAAUGCUGCAGUAUCAGUAUGUCCAGCUUGCCGACACGCAGUCGACCGAGUGGCGAAGUGUUUUCUUGAAGUCUUUGUCACUGUUGGAAUGCUUCGAGCCUAGUCUGGUUGAUGUGCGCGGCAUUAGCCGGCAGCUGCUUGUUGACUUCCUUGUGGCGCACAAGAGUGUCAUGAAGCUGGACUUUGUGCUUGUGCGCAUCUUCCGAAACCUGUUCCAGCACGGCUUCUGUCGCACCGAUGAAGAGAAGAAUGACGAAGAGGGCGAUGGAGGCGCGGGCAAGAUGCAGUUCCAGGACGACGUGGAGGGCACUGGUAUGGGCGAAGGUGAAGGAAAGAAGGACGUGAGCGAUGAGAUUGAGGAUGAGGAGCAACUUCUCGGUCUCCAAGGAGAUCAGCAGGAAGAGCCCGAGCCACCAGCUGACCAGAAACCUGAAGACACGGGACUGGAAAUGCAGAACGAUUUCGAGGGAACCAUGCAGGAUGUGCCUGAUGAGGAGAAGGAUGAACAGGACGAGAAUGAGGAUGACGAGGAGGAGCUGGACCGCGAAAUGGGCGAGUUCGACCAGGAUGAUGAAAACGUUGUGGACGAGAAGAUGUGGGGCGAGGACUCUGACGACGACGAAGACAACAUCGACAAGGAGAAGGAGAAGUUUGAGGAGGACUCCAAGGUCGAGGGCGAAGCGCUAGAGGAUGAAGUGCGCGGCAAGGACGGUGAUGAGGAAGAGAAAAACGACUCGAACAAGAAGGAGGACGACAAACAGAAGCCGCAGUUGGAUCAGUCGGACGACAAGGGUGCCGAUGAUGAAGGGGGCGGCGAGGAUGGUGAAGACGGUGAAGACGGAGACGAUGAUGAGAAGAUGGAGGAGGUCAAUGACGACUUCGAGGACAAGUACGAAGACCACCACGACGUCGACCCGACCGAACGAGAGGAGGGCCACGGAGAGGACGAGGCCGAGGAGGAGCACGGUGACGAACUCCCCGAAGAUAUGCAGCUUGACAACGACGGUGAAGAUGGCGAUGACGAUGGCGACGCUGAAGUGGACAACCCGGAUGAUGAAAACAUUGACAAGCUUGAUGAUGCCGACGACGAGACUGCUGAGGAUGCCGAAGAAGAAGAAACUGCCGGCGCUGACGAGGACGAGGACGCUGAGGAGGAGAAGGAAGAGGAGCAGCUUGACAAUGCUGUUCAGCUCGGCGGUGGCGGUCUUGAGGACGAGCCUGAGCAGGCCGAGGAGAAGGAAGAGGAAGAUGCUGAGCAGCCCGAGGCUCCUGAAAACGCUGAUGAAGAAGAACAGGCGGCGUCAACGGUGGCGGGCACUCAGUCGAAGGAUGGCCAGGAUGAGUUAGAGGCUGACGAGCAGGAAGAUGAAGAUCAGGAAAUGGAGGACGCUGAUGCUCAGGAGCAGCAGGAGCAGAGCAACGACGACAACAGUAACAGCCAAGCUCAAAAGCAGAGCAGCAGCAACGAUCAAGAUGCGAAGCAGGAGUGGAAGCCACAGUCGCAGGUUGAGAGCAACCCGGACCAGGAACAGCCACGCGAGAAACGUCGUGAUCGUCGCGAGCCAAACCCGUACCGGAAUGCGCAGGAGGCCAAAGAGCACUGGAAGAAGCGUGUGGAGAUGGUGGAUCGCACCGAGGAAGAGAAGGAGCAGGACAACAAGAACUCCGAGAAGCAGGAGAAGGCUGCGGAGAUGACGACGGCGGAGUUUGUGGACGAUGACGAGGAAAUGGAAGAUGCGGAGCAUGCGCUGGCGGCUGCUGACGAGAACCAGGUCAUGAAUCAGCCUCGAACUGAGGAAGAAGAGGACAACGAUGUUGAGAAGAAGGAAGAGGAAGACACGAACCCUGGAAACGGGGCUACUGCCAUGGAAGUGGACGAGGAGGAGGAAGAGAAGAAAGAGAAAUCCACGGAGGAGCGGGAGCAGAAGGAUACGCCGAAGCCAGUGAAGCAAGAGCCUAAGCCUGAAUCAGCUACGGAUGAUGACAGUACCAAGAAGGAAGAGCAAAAACUGGACGAGCUGGAGAUGAAACCCGAGAACGCUACUGAAGGCGGCGAGCAUGAGCUUUUGGACGAGGAGGCGGACCACGCGCUGCCGUCAAGGUUGCGCGACUUGGACCUGACCAACAGCAUGCAAGACCAGGACGAAGGCGACGAAGCUGAGGCUCGAGCGGUCAAGCUCCUGACUCCCGACGAGGUUGCUGCCUUGCGUGACGAGCUAGACUCUUUCAUUGCGAACUGGUCGUCUCAAGCGGAGCAGGAGCGCGGCGCUGACCUGUGGGCUAAGUACACUGCUCUCACUGCUGGCGCGUCUCAGCGACUGUGUGAGCAGCUCCGACUGGUGCUGGAGCCGAUGCUGCGUGCCAAGCUCGAGGGUGACUUCCGUACGGGCAAGCGCAUCAACAUGCGCAAGGUGAUCCCGUACAUCGCCAGUCAGUUCCGCAAGGACAAGAUCUGGCUGCGUCGUACGCGUCCGUCCAAGAGGCAGUACCAGGUGAUGUUGGCGAUUGACGAUUCCGAGUCGAUGGCCGACAAUCACGCUGGUCGUUUGGCACUGGAAGCGCUGGCGACGUUGUGCAAGGGUAUGACUCAACUCGAGGUCGGAGAGCUCUCUGUGGUCAAGUUCGGCCAGGAACUGGAGCUGCUUCACGCGUUCGACACGCCGUUCACGGACGACGCUGGCAGUCGCCUCAUCGGCCGCUUCGGCUUCCAGCAGAAGAAGACCAACAUGGUUCAGACGCUGGACACGAUCUUGCAGUUGCUGGAGACAGCCAAGCAAUCGUCUGCCGCUUCAAGCAGCACCGUCGAGUUCACGCAGAUUGUGUUCCUGAUCUCUGACGGCCGCUUCGACUCGGACGGCCGUGUGCGGAUCCGCAAGCAGAUCGAGACGGCGCUCGAGCGCCAGCAGCUCAUCGUGCUGCUCAUUGUGGAUCAGGGCGCCGCUGAGACCGAGGGCAGCAGUAACCAGCAGCAGACGUCCAUCCUGGACACGCAGAGCGUGACGUUCGAGAAGGGCAAGGUGCGCAUGGUGCCGUAUCUGGAGAACUACCCGUUCCCGUACUACGUGCUGCUCCCGACGUCGGCCAUGCUGCCGGAGAUCCUGUCGGACUCGCUCCGCCAGUGGUUCGAGAUGCUGCAGGCCAAGAGCUGA